GGUAAGUACAUGUACGAGUAAACACAACAUACUUGAGUCGACAAAAGCGAAACCAGUUCCACUCUAGCGUAACAGACAAUGUAAAUAAAAAUAAAAUGGAUGAUCGGAGGAGCUCAUCACAGGAAACAUCGUCUGUGAAUACGUCGUCUUCAUCGUCGUCGUCGUCAGACGAGGAAAAUAUGCAAGAAAUAUCCCGAAAAGAGAAAUUUCGAAAAGUGGUGAAAGAGGUUAUUCGUCAGAUACGUAAACUUGACCCAGAGAUUUGUGUUAAAUUGCUGCAGGACCCUUCCCUUAAUGUUUUGUCCGCUCUCAAAAAGAAAAUAAAGAAACUGGAUAAAAAUUGGACGCUAGAGUUUCUGAAUUCAGGCGGACUUGAUGCCUUGUUAGAUGUCGUCGACGUAAUCGGAAACCGGAGAGUUACAAAAUUUUCCGAAGCCGUAAAGCUUUUGGAAUGUGUUGUUUGUGUUACUAAAUUGGUAAAUUCUAAGGAGGGGUUAUCUUUCUUUGUUCAGAAUGGAAGCUACACGAAGAAACUUGUCAAAGCAUUGGACACAAGUCAUGCAAUGGUGAAAAAGCAAGUAUUUGAACUACUAUCAGCAUUGUGUAUAUAUUCCAGUGAAGGAUACAGUGUAGCAAUGAGUGCUCUGGACAGCUAUAAGAUGAUGAAGAAACAAAGGUAUCGAUUUAGUGUGAUCGUAAAUGAAUUGAAAACGGCGGACUUGGUUCCCUACAAAACCACAUUGAUGGCUUUUGUUAAUUGUGUCAUUGCGGCUAAUGAAGAAUUGGAGGAGAGAGUAAGAAUCCGCAAUGAAUUUAUUGGCUUAAACCUUCUGGAUGUGGUCAAUGAUAUGCGAAACGAGGACGACGAGAAAACGAUCAUCCAGUGCGAUGUUUUUGACGACGAGAAAGCCUCAGAUGACGAGGCAAUGGCGACCUUGAAUCCAGCCGUGAUUGACAUAAACAAUAUCAGGGAGGUGUUCAAUGCUCUCUAUCACAAGGUUUACAAUACACCAUUGGCUGAAAUGCUUCUGAAUAUAUUACAAACACUCCUACAAACAGAGCCAGAAAACCCAAGUAGUGACGAUUGUUGGAAACUAAUUGAAAAGUCAGUUAAGAAAGCAUUUCUGAUGGACUUAACUCGUGUCAACAGAUGUCUUUUAUGUGGAAAAGACGCAUCACUACCAGGGAGUGUGGUGCCUCCAACUCUUCCUCCUCCACCACCACCACCUCCACCUCCACAAUGUACAGUGCCUCCCCCUCCUCCACCUCCACCACCGCUAGGAUUAUCGCCACCACCUCCAGCACCACCACCUCCUCCUCCACAAUGUACAGUGCCUCCCCCUCCUCCACCCCCACCACUGCUAGGAUUAUCCCCACCCCCUCCACCACCACCUCCUCCUCCAGGUAUAGCGGUCAUCCCUUCGUCUUCAGCAACAAACUCUCAGGGGUCCUGUAAUGUGUGUACUCACACUCCCAAACGCAAAUUGAAAACAAUUAACUGGACCAAGAUACCUCCUCGUAGUAUUUCAUGCAGAGGAAAUGUCUGGAAGGAAGUUAUCAUUAUGAAAGAUAAGGUGCCUGUGAAGCAUGAGACCUUAGAACAGGAAUUCUGCCGGAAGAAAAUCCAGAAAAAGAAAGAAAAGAAAAUUAAACUUCCUACAGAGAUACUACUUCUUGAUGUAAAACGAAGUAUGAACGUAAACAUAUUUCUGAAACAAUUUAAGUGCAGUCAUAGGGAAAUCGUAUCUAUGAUAGAGAGGGGUGAUGUACCAGACAUCGGCAGGGAGCGUCUACUGGGGUUACAGAAAAUACUUCCAAAGGAAGAAGAGGUUAACAUGCUUGAAGAAUUUGAAGGAGAUAAGGAGAAACUUGGGAAUGCAGAGAAAUUUUACUUAAAACUGAUCGAGUUACCCGCCUACAGAAUCCGUAUAGACGGUCUUGUUCUCAAGGACGAGUUUCAUGUCACAAUGGACAAUCUUCUGCCAAAUAUUAAUUCUGUGGUUAAAACAUGCCAAUGUCUCCUCGAAAAUGAGUCUCUCAAAGUUUUCUUACGAUAUGUUUUACAUACUGGAAAUUUUAUGAAUGCGGGUGGGUAUGCAGGCAACGCAAUGGGUUUCCGGAUAAACUCCUUAAAUAAAUUGAUGGACACAAGAGCCAACAAACCAAGGGUAACUCUUUUACAUUAUCUUGUUGAGGAGGCUGAAAAAGAAAACAAAGACGCUUUAUCAUUUGUUGAGGAGAUGUCUGAACAUCUGACCAUAGCCUCAAAUUUGACAGUGGACUCACUGACAACGGAAGUAAAGGAGGCAAAGGGCAAUGUUAGCAGCCUGAAAAGAGAUCUGACAAAAUGUCCCGAUGACGUCAAGAAGCAACUCGAUAUGUUUGUACAGGAAGCAGAAAAGGAAAUGACGUCAUUGGAUGAUGGUUUAGAGAAAAUAAGUGAACUGACAAAGCAACUUGUUUGUUACUUCUGUGAAAAAGAGAAAAGUUUUAAAAUAGAUGAGUGUAUACACGACAUGAAUACAUUCUGUGAUAAUAUUAAACGAUGUCAAAAGGAAAAUUUGCGAAGGAAACAACAAGAAAAAAUGGCAGAGCGUAGGAAAAAGCAAGAAGAGGAAAUGACAAAGACACAUGCUAAGCAUACUUCAGCGAAAAAGGAACCAAUGGAGGAUGAUUGUAUCAUAGAUCGAUUAUUGGAAGAUAUACGGAAGGGACACAAACUACGAAACACACGACAAUAGACAUUGUUUCGAAACAAGAAUGACAUUUCUCCUUUAAGCCUAUUAAUAUUGAAAUCACACGCAUACACAUUCUCACACAGACAAAAAAAAACACGCAAUUAAACAAAAUGUAUUAUUUUCUACAUUAUCUACAGCAAAAUAGUGAUUUAAAUCCAUUCAUAACAGUUUGUACCGCUUAACCAUAAUUUGGAAUAAAUGUAAAUAUUAACAUCCAGUGAAUAUUAUCUCCUAAAGAAAGUCAUUGCCGUUUAUCAGUCAGUAAACACCACUAAGUAGA